AUGUCCACUUACGGCAGUCCAAUUGUCAUCCGGCCAUUGAGAAGUCCUUCAUUUGAUCGACGCACACCCUCGCCAACUUCUUCGUUUUCUCCACCGCACUCAACAUCGAGGUCACAAUCUGUUGUAAAUAAAGAUGAUACUCACGAUAAAUCGCCGUAUAGGGGCACAUCGAGUAGUGAGCACACGUCAAAAUAUAAAAACUUUAUUACGUCUGAAAGAUUAGCACAGUUACGAAAAAUUGUGGAAGAGGCAAUCAAAGAACAUCGAGUUUUUACAAUUAGAGGUGGAUGGCAAACACUACGGAGGGCAUUCCUACGACGUAACUGGGUCGAGAAAUGUGAAUGCACAAUGAAAACUAAACCAUUGUCACAAUCAGCGUCAAAUUUAGAAGAAUUAUGCGUAAAUCUACCGAUGAAACUAACCUGGGAGACGCAAUCUGCGCAUGUGCUCAAGUGUGAACGCACCAUUAUGUCAAGAUUGCUCCAAAUGCACGAUGUUGAUUUUUAUUGGAAUACACGAAAGGACACGCACGAUAUGCAAUUCCGAUUGAAUUGCAACAAAUUAAUGUCUCGAUUCUCACGAUCACUCUUUACAUCCAAAGAAGGGUUAUGUCUCUUACUGCAACAAGUGUAUUGGCAUAACGAACCAGGCGUAUCUAACGUAUACUUCCCACGUUGCUAUGUGCUAGGAUUCCCGGAUCAUUACAAUAAUUUCGUUGAAGAUUUCCGGCUCACCGCAUGCAUGUCACUUUUAAAACAUACAGUACAUCUACACGAGACACAAGAUCAAUAUGCUAUUCAAUCGCCCGAAGGAUCAGUACCUUACUCUGCUUUUCAAUUUGCUAUGGAUCGUCUCAAUGAAUUUAUCGCGACGAAAAAACACAUGGAUAUUGAUGUAGACAUACCGGGAGCGGAACCUAGUGAAUGGACGGAAUUCCUCGAACACUUCCAGAUGAUCGUCCAUGAUAAACAAAGAUUUUUAGAGAAUAAAAACUACGUGAUUGCUGUUCUCAUUGCAGCGGCACGUGCGAUUCAAAAAUUACAAUUUUAUUGGCCGCAAAUGAAUCUCGACGGAAUGAAAAAUAUUUGGAUUAUGAAACCCGGAAAUAAGUGUCGUGGACGAGGCAUUCAACUGAUUAAAGAUGUUAAAGAUGUGGGCAGAAUCAUGGAUUUGAAAUUAAAGUAUGUCGUGCAGAAAUAUAUUGAAAGACCACUGAUUAUUUAUAAUACCAAAUUUGAUAUCCGGCAAUGGUUUUUGAUUACAAGUGUACAACCGCUUAUAAUUUGGAUGUACAAAGAAAGCUAUCUGAGAUUCAGUUCACAAACUUUUAAUUUGGACAAUUUUCACGAGAGUCUACAUUUGACGAAUCAUGCAGUACAGUGCAAGUACAAAAAUACGCUAGAUAGAGAUAAAUCACUUCCGGAAGAUAACAUGUGGGAUUGCUACACGUUUCAGACAUAUUUGAGGAAUACGGGGCAUCAGAAUAAAUGGGAAUCAGUUAUUUAUCCAGGAAUGAAGGAAUCCAUCAUUGGUUCAAUGUUGAGUUGUCAGGACACAAUGGAUCGCCGUCCCAAUACAUUCGAACUCUACGGCGCUGAUUUUAUCCUCGCGGAAGACUAUAAACCUUGGUUGCUUGAAAUAAAUUCAAGUCCGGACCUGUCUUCAUCUACAAGUGUCACUGCUAGGAUGUGUCCCCAAUGUUUAGAGGAUUUAGUAAAAGUUGUAAUCGACCGGAAACGAGACCCAAACUGUGAUACAGGAUUUUUCGUGUGUAUCUACAAACAAACCCUACUUCGCCCACCUGCAUACCUUGGAAUGAGUUUAUCCGUGCGAGGAAGACGUAUUUUCAAACGCAGCAAAAGCCGGAAAGACAAAGAAAACGAACGCAAAAAUGGUUUUCUAUCCACCAAAAACGUCAAGAUUAACAGCACCGUUCACACCCGGAAUGCGAAUCAAUGGUCAUUGUACCCAGAUUGACCAUAGUGCUGGAUACAAUGGUCCUGUAAUAGCUGAUUUAAUGGAAGAGAUCCAGAAUAGUAGUAAUUCAAUCGAUAGUGAUCCCAAUGAUGGAAUAGAGGUGGCGCAACCGAUAAAACCGACGACAACGAAGAAACGCUCGAAACCAUCGACCAGUAACGCACAUCACCUGUCGCAGAGGCGUAAAUUCCAGGACGCCACGAACCGCUCCCCGUCAUUCGUCACGAACGACUCCGUUACGAAUGCAGCCGCCAUCAACUUCCGGGGUGCAAAAGCAGGAGGUGCCUACACGAGGAGGCGGCAUUGACUUAGAGUACAUGCAUUUGGACAUGCGCAAUAAAGAUACUUUUAAUAAACAUAAUCAUGAAACAGCCA